UAAAGCCCUACUCUGAAAGCUUGCUCUAGAAAUACCAUGAAACAAAAUGAGGUCCGGAAAAGUAACAAUAUUUCACUGAAAAACCUUGGUUGGGAUUUUUCCUAGACCAUGUGACCAACAAGGACCAUGUUCGUAUUGGGAUGACGGAACAUGUUUGCCCAACAAACUCCAACGCAAAAGGCAGAUUUGCAAUCAAUGCGAAUUUUCUUAUUUCACUUAAACUGUUUGAAUAUGUCCAUAACAUGAAUGGCUUUAUCUGCUUUUGGGACAUUUUCAGCAAGCCCUAUGAUUUCGUCAACCCCGUGUACUUUGAUUUUUCCUGAGCAAAGGUUUCGUUUUCAAUAGAUAAGAAGGCUUGAAAACACGCAGAAAUUCGCGGGAAGCUGCGUUGUUCUUAUUAUUCAUGAAACAGCUGCCCUUGUGUACGUUAAGAGCAGGUAUACUCAAUAUCAGUUGCUCUCUACUAAGCCUUCACUGAUGAAUGAACGGGAAACACAAUCUGGAUCCAAGGAUGCCAAGAAGAAUUUUCAUUCAUAGAAUUCUUUAAUGUCAAGCAGAAUCGAACAGAUUGAGAUUUAUUCAUGUGUCAGUAUUAAUCAAUGAAGACUUCCGAUGGAGAAGGCAAUCCUCGUGUAGCCGUGAAAGUAUGGCAAAUGGGGAACGCUUGCAAAAAAAGUCAGACUGUCCCAUGCUUUCGCGUUGAACCAGACACAACAAAUUACGGAACAGAUGCCGACAAAGACAAAAAAGUGUACUGCUUACCUUGGGAAGAGCGAGAGAAGACAGUCCAAAGAGGUGGAGAACCUCGUUGCUUCUGCUGGUGUUGCUUUUGCACAUGUAGCCUAAAGUCUUCAGGUAGUGUAAGUUCCGUCAGAGGUACUGGUGGUUCGCUGCUUGAUAUAGCAAAAUACGGAAUCAACGAUCAAAGAGUAAGUGCUGAGAAAGUGAAACGCUGGAUGUUUGAUUUCGAAUCACUAAUAACCGACGAAGUUGGUAAAGCAUUAUUUGAGAGCUUCCUCAGACAUGAAUUCAGUGAUGAAAAUUUAAAAUUCUGGUCGGAUGUCGAGCGGAUGAAGUCUACUAAAGAAAACACUGCAAGAUACAUUUUAAUCAGAAGAAUAUAUCGAGAAUAUGUGCAGCCAAGGUCUAUAAAUGAGAUCAACAUAGAGGCCUGGAUUCGAAAGUCAAUCGAAGACAAUAUCGAUCAACCUGAUAUCAGUAUUUUUGAUCCGGCACAGACGCAGGUUUAUCUCCUUAUGUACCGCCAAAGCUGGCCUAGGUUCUUGGCUUCAAGUGCCUACAAGAAUCUUUUAUUAACUUUCCCUGUAUGACCCUUUACAGUAUCGACAAGUGAAAUUCACAAGUUUUCCCUCUGGUAGAUGAAGCUGACGUUUGGCAAAUCGGCCAAGAAUUUCACUAAAAACUUUUGCUACAAGGAGUUCAAGAUAUAGAAGAGCAAACUAGAUGUUUUCAGUAGCAAGAUAUGUUGCUGAAAACGACAGUUGUAGAUGUCAUUAUUUUUGAAAGUAUGUAGAUAUUCAAUAUAAAUAGGAGAACGUUAUUCAAGUGUUUAUAAUUUAUGUUGUUAUAAUUUUUGUUGGCAUAGUUCAAAGCAAGAGGUGAUAUACGGAUAAGGUUUUACAUUAUUUGAAUGGAUAGAAACGAUCUUAAAAUGUGAAAUACUGUUUCCAAAAUAAGAAUUUUAUUUUCAAUGGAUAUGGCCUAUUAAAAUACUGUUUCAAUAGAUCCCUGUCAAUGCAUCCCUGCGUAUCAUCCCUGCCUUGCAAGACGUAUGGCUAUGCUAUCAAUCAUAUUGCAUUUGAAAGAUGAUUUCUUCGAGUUGUCAACUUUUUAAAACGUAAAUGCACGCUGCUUUGUUAGGUAGAUAUCCACUUUGUACGUUUUUAAGCAACUCGUAAAGGAGCACGUCAAUGUUGUUUCAUUAGGAAAAUUCGUUUUAGAAUUGCUAUGUCACUAUUUCAGGGAUGGCAGAAGCGAGGGUGAGGGUGCUUAGGCUGAGCCUACCCCAAAUUGUUGCCAAGGUGUACAUAAACAAUACAAUGAGGAAUCUUGCCCACGAUUUCUAGCAUCCUGAGCCCCCUCCUCAAACUUCUGAGCCCCUCCCUCAAUCUAUAAUAUGCUCCAAGGAAACUGUAUUUGAUCGGGGCUUGCUCUGCAGUCUGCACCAGAUGUGUCACCAAUUGGGGACAGUUGAUGGUACAUCCUUGUCCGAUUUGACUAUAAAAUCCUUUAAAAAUUCCUUCUCUUGAUUAUAGAAAGUGUUACCUGUUUUUGUGGUAUUAAGAAUCCUGUUUUACUGCAUCAAAUGCAUAAAUAGUAAAAAUGCGUUUGGAAUACAGUUGAAAGAUACUUUUUGAUUUAUCAACGUUAUUUUUCCUUAUAUGUAAUAAAUAAAUAAAGGAAGCUAUAUCUAAGAGAAUACUCUGUAUACGUUUGAGUUGUUCGGUUGGAUACUCUACCAUACAAAAGUAUAAAUAUUUCCUUGAGAUCCUUCGCAUAAACUUCAACUUGGGUUGUGUUUUGCUUGGCGUUAAAAGUCAGGCUUCUGCUAACACAAGAUUUUCAUGAACGGGUUGGUUUCAGCUCUUUUGAUUUUUAGUAUCCGAGUUCUUUACGUCCUCAACAGGCCGCUGUUGAGAAGAUUUUUUUUACAUUAGAUCUUUAUCUCUGAGUAUAAUCCCAACCCGGGUUGAGAUUUUCUAUUUAAACGAAUUCAACAAAAACAAAGGAUUUCCAGAAUCGGUAGGCAACCCGGGUAGAAUUUUAUUAUGUGAAGAGCCUCUCAACCACUCAAAACUAUAGAAAACCGGUGGCUUUUUUGUGCAUUUUCAUCAAUUCUCAUUCAAUACUGAUAACUUUUAUCUACAUCUACAUAUGCCAAAUACUGUUUUCUUUCUAAAAAGAAGAUUCCGACAGGGGUGACAGCCAGAGUGGAUGGAGAGCUAAUACUUGAAAAAUUUGGGAAGCAUCAAAUCAGCCCAUUUUUUUGGAGGAAGUUCCCAUGCAGGGUAAUUUUUUUGUGGGGUAAUGGCCUUUUCUGCGGGGUAAUUGCCCUUUUGGUCUAAUAAGCAGCUAAUGGAAUAGUCGCUGGUGUCAAUGAAGCAUUAACAGUGAUGCCACACCCAAACAACACCCUUUUAUAUUCCAGGUUUGGGUUUAAGUUACAAGGCUGGUAUUUUUCUUUUUAGACACAUGUUCUGCAUUUUUUUAGCUUUUCUGUUGCUCAAUGUAUUUUAAGCCCUCUGACUGUAUAACUAUUGUUUAUAAGUGCAAAUAUGCUCAAUCGAUUGGAGUAAACAAGUCCUAGGAAGUUGAUUUAUAGAACAUAUACAACAUAUGGUGGUUUUUAUUCUCAAACAUAAUUAAAUUGCCGUUACAAUCUCUUUUUAUAAGAAUAAUUUUAUAAGAACAAGGGCUUCAAAAUUGGUCAAAAGUUGAAAAAAAUUAAGAGCAAGCUGAGCAAAUUAAGGCUCAGCUCUACUUCAAAAUGUAACUUCGUGUUACUGGUAGUCUGUAUCAUUUUAAUUUUGGAGCAGACAAAUUAUAAGCAUAACCUACUUUCUUGUUACAGUUACAUAAGAUAAACAACAAAACAGAUCCAGUGGUAGAAAACAUUUGCCCUGCAAAAAUCAGUUUUGCCCUGCGAAAAGGUCCUACUUUUGUGGUUGGGGGUGAACAACCCCCCCCCCCCCCAUACCCCCCUAAAAUGAC